GGAGGCCAGGAUUUUGUCUGAGAACACGAAACCAGAGGGAAAAGCAUGGGAGACAAUGGAAAGCCGUUAUGCUCAGAGGUGUCCACUGAGAUCGACGCGGAAAGGGAGAAGCGAUAGUUUCUUUGGCUGGAAACUCUCCUUCAUGCUGUGGUCCAAGCUUUUCCCUCGCGCGUUCAGGGCGCGUGUCAUGGAGGCGGUCGCGAGGAAAGCCCGAAAAAGUGGCACCUGGAUUAGCUAUCGAUGGACGCUGAUCCAAUCAUUCAUGACAUCGGUCGCGUCGGUCAAGUCGCGUGUUUUUUUGAGCCAUCAAGAGUUUGUCGCUCGAUCAGAAAGAAGGAAUUAUAAGAAUUAAAGAAAGAAAGACAAAGCGGCCGUUCAUUAGACGUACGAAUCGUGCUGAGUGGCUUUGCAAACAGUGUAGUUGUCGUGGGGUAAACAAGAGCAUGUUCUCCGUAGUACAGGUAACAGUGCACUAUGUUGCGCGGGAUGAUCUAUCUAAUCAGUCCCAGGGUUACAUGAGGGCGACUACAUACAACACCACAGCGGAUCAAAUUGAACAGACUACCGACCAACGACAUAAGUGAAAGCUCGGUCUCUUCUCGAUUUGAGCCAAGAACAAUAAUAUGAGACAAACUGAAAGCGAAAGAAAGUCGAGCCCAAGAGGGUAAAAAAUACGUGACGGCCACCUACGACC